ACCGAACUCGCACGAGUUCGCACCCGUUCUUCCCCCUCCUUCAAGGCAAGGCAACCAAGCCAAACCAACCCCCGGAAAGCCCUCCUCCCCUGACCUUCUUCCCGAUUCCUCCCCCCAUGCCGCCGGAUCCUCCCCUCCCCCAUCCGCAAAACCGCGUCUAGGGUUCUCGCCUCCAACCACCCCACCCCGCUCUCCCCUACCCCUUCUCUGCUCCCCCUUCCCACCCCGCGCCGUCCCCCGCCGAUGGCGCUGCUGGGGGACGCGCUGCGGCAGGCCUUGCUCAUGCCGCGGCGUGCCUACGCGGCGCUGCGGGACGACGAGGGGCGCGCGCUGCCCCGCCUCCGCCGCCCGCUCGCCGGUGCCGCGGCCGCCUGCGUCGCCGUCGCCGUCGCCGCCGCGGCGUGCGUCAGCCUCGGGAUCGUGUUCCCCGCCGAGCCCGCGGAGCGGCCCUUCUGCCGGGAGCGGCGCAUGCUGGAGGCGCUCCCGGCGGCGGCCAGCAGCAGGGAGGAGGAACCCGAGGCGUACCGGUACCGCGGCGGCGCCUUCUACAUGACCACCGCCGAGGCCGCCGACUUCUACUGGAUGGUUGUAUUCGUGCCAUCCGCCGUCCUCUUUGGCGCCUCGUUCACCUACCUUUUAGCCGGAAUAUCUGUUGCAUAUGCUGCUCCAAGAAGGCAUCCCAUGAUUUGUGUUGUUGAGAAUAACUUCUGUGCUUCUAGAAGAGGUGGUGUUCGUUGUCUGGCUAUACUUAAUGCAAUUUUUGCGGUUAUAUUUGGUCUCAUGGCAAUUGUUCUUGGAUCAACACUACUGGCCCUUGGAAGUACUUGUUCCGUUCCUCUUUUCUGGUGCUAUGAAAUUAUAGCCUGGGGUCUAGUAAUCUUAUAUAGUGGCACAGCCUUCUUCUUGAGAAGGAAAGCUGCAAUUGUCCUUGAUGAGGGUGAUUAUGCUACCCAUAAUGUGGGCCUAGAGAUGCUUGAGACCAAAAUAGAAGUGACUCCAGAGAUGCAGAGGCGCAUAAACGAUGGUUUCAAGCAGUGGAUGGGUUCAUCUCUCCUAUCUUCUGAUGACGAGGAGGAAGCUUCAGAUGACUAUAUAGAGCACAAUGUUCCUAGCCCGACUGCUUCAGCUCAACAACACAGGCAAGAAAAUGAUUUACAGAGCUGACUGCUGUAUAAAUAGAUGUACAUAGAACUCCACUUAUUUGCUGAGGUGUGAUGUUGUAAAUGACUGGUUCGGGUUCAAUUGCUAACAAGUGAUUGCUUUUGUUCUUUUUCCAAUAGAGAGAAGGAAGGAAAAGAGGGAUUAGUUUGCUUUUCAAGUUCAUAUUUGGGGUUUCCAAUUUUUUGUAUUCCACAUGUAAUAUACAUACGUGGUAAAAGUAAAUAGCAACAUCCAUGAAUACACAUUGUUCGCUGAA